AUGUCUGACAUCACUUCCGCUCUCAAUGCUCACAAUGAUGCUCGCCGCGCUGCUCAGGGCCAGAAGCGCCCAGAUCUUACCUUGGAUGAUGGUCUGAUCAACGACGCCAAGAAAUACGCGCAAUAUCUAGCAGACAACAAAAAGUUUGAGCACUCUGGGGCUCAGGGCCAGGGUGAAAACUUGUUCAUGUCUAGUGGUAACGCCAGUCUGCUCGACGGCACCCGAGCUUGGCUUGCAGAGAAGCCCAACUACCACGGCGAGAAAAUCGCGGACGGGAAUUUCGGCAGCUACGGCCACUACACCCAGUGCAUAUGGCCGACAACCACGAAGGUUGGGAUCGCCGCCGCCAAGGCCUCGAAUGGCGCGACUUAUAUCGUUGCCAGGUAUACGCCACCAGGAAACUGGUGGGGCCAGACCGCUUACGGGACCAACACCGCCAAUGCUUUCAAUGCGCCAUCGGUCGAGGAGGUGUCAGCCGAGCGGUCGUCGGAGUGUAGCAUUGUUGAUGGCGACUCCAUGUCGAAUAUCUCGCAGAAGCUUGGUGUGUCCUUGGAGGACCUCAAGAACCGCAACCCGCAUAUAGAUGGCCCCGAAUUUGUUGUCCGCAAGGGGGACAUUCUCACGAUCCCGUAUCAGAUCUCAGACAAAUUGUUCGGUGUGCAGGUUUCUUAA